AUAAACAUUUGAGUUCAUAGACUCAUGGCUUAUGAGUCUCCAGUAUGUAACCUGUCUUGAACUGUCUGAUCAGUUUUGUUUGCGAACAGAGUCAUCGUUCAAGGAUGGUCAGGCAAGCUGGCAAGCCUAGGGAUGGUGUGGCGUCGUUACACCGAGUUCGAACAGUUGAGAACGUAUCUGGAGACAAUCUAUCCCUGGACAAUCGUACCACCAUUGCCAGAAAAGAGAGCUACAUUCACCUGGGAGAAUACGCCCAGCGAUACUUUCGAUCCAGACUUCAUCGAUAGGAGGAGAGCUGGUUUGGAGACAUUCCUUCAUCGUGUUGCCGAUCAUCCCGUACUUUGCAAUGACCCACUUGUAGUGUCAUUCCUUCAGCAAGAAGACAGUUGGAAUGAAACAAUUAAAGAAACAGGUUACCUGCAAUCGGCCGAAUCAAAACUGAAAGCCUUAUCAGUCAGUAUUCGUCUUCGAAAUCCGGAUAAACAGUUUGAAGAAAUUAAAGCAAAUGCUGUUGAUCUGCAAAGUAACUUGAGCAAUGUUCUAGACAUAAGAGCUAGAUUGGCUAGUAGACGCUUCAAUAUGUACAAAAUGCAUGGUGCGUACGGGAAGGUGUUCAGUGAAUGGAGCGCCAUCGAGAAAGACAUGGGAGAUGGUCUUCAGAAAGCGGGCCACUUCUUUGAUUCAAUUGCUGCGGGUAUUGGAAUUGCUUUAGAAUUUGAAGAACUGAUAGCCGAUCAUUUGAAAGAGUAUUUGUUCUUCGCAUUAUCUGUACAAAGUGUUUGUGAAAGACACGAAAUGUUGCAAUUAGAACUGGAGCAAGCUGAAGAUCUCGUCAGUAGUAGAAUCAGCGAGAAAGAGAAGGCACAACAAGGAAGAUCUAGUUUAAUGUCGAGAUUGUUCGGUUCUGUGGACACAGAGGAAGUCAGAGAUAUAAAGGUUGGCCAGAUUGAUCAGAAAAUCCAUGAAGGGGAAGAAUCUGUUCGGGAACUUCAGUUAUCUCUCAGCGAGUUCUCAAGGAACGCCUCCAAAGAUAUUGACUAUUUCAACCAGAGAAAAGUCACGGAUUUGAAAGAGACGUUUUCAAUCUAUGUGGGAAUGCAAAUUAAAAUGACUCGUAAGAUUCUUCAAACAUGGACAAACAUCAGGGACUGCAUAAAUAGUAUUCCUUAGAUGAUCUCUGUACUUUAUCUGUACACAUUCCUUUAAAUGAUUAAUUGUAUUCGACAUAGUGGUGAUACGCCAUGUGCUAGUCAUGUUAUAACUAUUUCCAUUCAAGGCCAUUUAUAAGUUAGUUAUGCAGUACUUAAUUCCGAUUCGUAAGUUCAUUCUCAAUAGUAAAAUAUGAAUCAGUUAAAGUUACUUAUACGAGUGUUCAGACUUCCAAGUCAGAAUAUCAUAAUAAUUAUUAGGUUAUAAUAUUAAGAUUAAGUUUCAAGGUUAAGAUUAAGUUUCAAGGUUAAGAUUAAGUCAUGGGUUUAAAGUUCCCUGUUAUUUAUGUCUUAUGAAACUGAAUCAUGAUUACUUCUAGAUUCCUUCUGGAUACUAUAUUGAAGGACAAUUUUCUACAGUAGUUACUUGUGAUAAUCAAAUUUAAAUGACGACUAAAUUUUGUUAGUGGGCUUGAUUCUCUGAUUAUUCAUAUGACUGAUUAUUUUAGAGUUACAGCACUCUAGACCUUCUACCUGCAAUAAUUAAGCUGCUAUCAUCCAAUCCUUGUCACUAUAAACGAUAAAUGUAUUGAAAUAGGGUGAUGAAAGUCAAUUUGUUGCAUGGAAGCUAGAAAGAUCUCAAACCCCAAGUCUCAUGGACGUUUGUUUUCAAUUUAUUAUGCUGCCUUCAUUCAAUCCUUUUCAAGUAAUUUAUUAAUUGAUUACUUUGCUCAACAUAGGAUCUUUGUCUAUGAUCAGCUAUGAAUGUUAGAUUCAACUGUCGUAUCUGAUUUUGAGUACCAUUUUGUUUGCCAAUUGAUCACUCUGAUGUCUGCGGUUUUUCAUGCUUACAAAGCCCUUCACCGAUUGGUACAUUAUUCAACUACAUUUAUAUUGUUUGUAAAGAAACUUUUGUAGAUUGUGGAAUGUGAGAGUUUUUCAAGAUCUCAAGUAUGAGAUCCGUCUUUAUCACAAUUUGUAUGAACAUAAAAAGCAACGAUAUCUUCACGAUCUUCUCAUAUCAUAAAUAGUGUAUUUUGGUAAUGAUUCUCAUUGCCUUCUAGUGUAAGUAGCUCUUCCAUACAGUAGAAUAUAGAAUACAAUGUUUCUUGUUUUUACUUGGACAACUAUAUAAUAAAUAAUUUUAUUCCCAUCAUAAAUUUCAAUACUACAAUAUUACCACUCCAUUUCAAUACUCUCUUCCAUUUAAAAUAUACUACUCUCAUGUUGAGAUGUACAGUGUUUAACAUGAAGGUGAUGUUGUCACUCUUUGACAGAACCAAACCCAAUCCACAGUUGAGUUGAGGUUGAGUAAUAGAUGAGGCUGCUAUCUUAAUCAGAACCUUGGUCCCAAACCUUUUAAAUACCACAAUAUUCGUAACUCAGUUAGGAUUUCAUGAUGAAUAAUAAAUUCAGUGAUAUCAGAAAACGUCAAAUUAUUCAGGAGAGACCUGGAAACUUUGACCUACAUGUUGGGUCGAGUCUUGUUUAUUCGAUCUCUACUUUAUUUUUGCAUUAGAAAAGUAAUCAUUACCGUACUCUAGACCUGUUCUGCAACGAUCGAUAUCUCCAGCUCUGUUCUUAUUGAUUUGCUUGACAUUUCUAAUUCUACAAUAUGUAUUUGUAGUAAAUACUCCUUCAUUCCAUAAAACUAAAAUCAAAAUAUGCAAGUCUUAUUUUAUUUUUACCAAAGGUAAUUAUUAUUUAUAAAUAUUGUAAAAUAUCAUGAAACUUAAUAGAAUUUAUGUUCCCAAACACUAUGUAAUUGAUAUUGUAAAUUAUUAAGUCUUAUCUAAUCUGAAGUACCUACGUAUAUUAUGUAAAACGUCUAAAUAACUGUAUAUUAUUAAUGUGACUAAAUAUAUAAAUGAUGAUUACACCUAUUAGUGAUGUGAUUGCAUUCUUGUAUAAAGGUGGUAAAAGUAUAUUUUUCCAAUUGUCUAUGGAGAACUUUCAAUAUGAGACUUAUGUAAAGUGUAUAUUGAGUGUUAUUUCAGUUAUUGAAUAAACGAUUUUAAUUGAAAUUAUGAUUAAUU